GAUACAUAUUUGACGCACUAUCGCUGGUAACAGCUGUUGGAUCGACUUUUGGACUUUUGUAAUUCUUGUGGCAGUUUAUAAUUGUAAACAAUAUGUUUGCCAACAACACGCGUCAGCUAAUGCGCAGCAGCUUUUUGCAGCGUUGCAAAAGCACACUUGUUGUGGCGGAGCACAACAAUGAGGCACUGAGUCCUAUUACCUUAAACACCAUAACGGCGGCAAAGAAGAUCGGUGGUGACGUCACAGUGCUUGUAGCUGGCACUAAAUGUGGUCCCGCAUCAGAAGCUGUGGCCAAGGUGGAGGGCGUUACUAAGGUCUUGGUGGCGGAGAAUGCCGCUUUUAAGGGAUUUACCGCUGAGUCUUUGACUCCGCUGGUGCUGGCCGCCCAAUCGCAGUUUAAAUUUACGCAUAUCCUUGCAGGUGCCUCGGCAUUUGGCAAGAACGUGCUGCCACGUGUCGCUGCCAAGCUGGAUGUGUCCCCCAUUUCGGAGAUUAUCGAUGUCAAGUCAGAAGACACGUUUGUGCGCACCAUUUAUGCCGGCAAUGCCAUACUGACGCUUAAGUCUAAGGAUCCCGUUAAGGUGAUCACUGUACGUGGUACCAACUUCCCACCUGCUGCUACUACCGGUGGAAGUGGUGCCGUAGAGCAAGCGCCCGCUGGCGAUUAUGCCAGCAGCUUGAGCGAAUUUAUCUCGCAGGAGCUUACCAAGUCGGAUCGCCCGGAGCUGACAGGCGCCAAGGUGAUAAUAUCUGGUGGACGCGGUCUUAAGUCGGGCGACAACUUCAAGCUGCUCUACGAUCUGGCUGAUAAAUUUGGCGCUGCUGUGGGUGCCUCUCGUGCUGCCGUAGAUGCUGGCUUCGUGCCCAAUGAUCUGCAGAUUGGCCAAACCGGCAAAAUCGUUGCACCCGAGCUGUACAUAGCCGUCGGUAUUUCAGGCGCCAUUCAGCAUUUGGCCGGCAUGAAAGAUUCCAAAACGAUUGUGGCCAUCAACAAGGAUCCCGAGGCGCCCAUUUUCCAAGUAGCCGAUAUCGGCAUCGUUGCUGAUCUGUUCAAGGCGGUGCCAGAGCUAACGGGCAAAUUGUAAUCCCUCAAACUGUGUGCAUAAAUAUGUUUGGUUAAAAUCAAACCUAUGAAUAUAAAUUGUUGCAUUUAUUUGGAUUUAAAGUUUAAUGAUGUCUCUACUAUUGCAAACGACGUGCAUUCACGCUCAUGUUUGCCUUAUUCUGUAAUAAACGAAGAUUUACUGUACAAAUAAUAAUUUAGCUAAAUUAAC